UAAAAAUUUAACAUGGCAGAUGUAGAAUUUGCCCCUCUCCGUCCAAUUAGUGAUUUUCUCACGGAAUCAGCGCGCUUCCAAGUUCCAGAUUUAAAAGAUCCCGAAAGACUGGUUAACAGGAUACUCAACAACCUUCUUUAUUAUCAAUCAAAUUACUUUAUUUCGACAUGUGUAGUCUUCUUGAUAGUGGGUGUGCUUCACCCUGUACAAAUGGUGAUUGGAAUCGCUUCAGUUUCUGCAGUCUUUGCUGCCUUCGUCUACUUCACAGAUAACAAAUAUGAGACAAGGAGAUUUAAGAGGGACCACCCUGCGCUAUGUGUUGCUGUGGUGUUAUUUGGAGGAUACAUCAUGGUGUAUGUGCUAGGCUCUGUCAUUGUAUUCCUGUUUGGUAUAGGAUUGCCAUUACUAUUGGUGAUUAUGCAUGCAGCUAUGCGAAUGCGAAAUAUGAAGAACAAAAUAUCAAACAAAAUAGAAUUCGUUGGACUUAAGCGUACACCCAUGGGGAUAAUUCUAACAGGCCUAGGGCAAGAACAAGAAGCUGGAUCAUAGAGUCGAAUAGUGGAUGCUGUGCAAUAUGGAAUAAGGCCAAAUAUUUCAUUGAAAGAAAUCCAUAUGUUAUACACAGGGGACUUUGUAGUGUAUGAUGGCUUGAUGAUUUAAACAGUCAUGAGAUUUCUUCAUUUUUAUAUAUUAAUGAAAUUAUUUAUCUAGAAUUUGUAGUCCAUGUAAUAAUAAUUUCUGGUAUCUUAAUCAAUUUAAAGGAAUGCUUAUAUAAAUGAGCCUCAUAGGAAUUAAUUUGUCUGACCAUUUAUGAUAUGGU